CUUGAUAAAACAUAUGCGUAUUGUCACGAUGUCGAGAAAUUAAUGCAAGCAAUGGGAAUUGUUUACAAAGCCGAGGACUGGCGACUGUUCAUUGAUUCUUCGAAAAACAGUUUGAAGGCAGUGCUGUUGCACAAGACUAAUUCGAAACCGUCGGUCCCCAUUGCUUACAAUACUGAGACCGAAGAAACGUAUGACAAAAUACGCACGAUUUUGCGAUUGGUGGAUUAUGACAAACAUAAAUGGCGCAUAUGUUGCGAUUUAAAGAUGGUUGCGAUACUCUGUGGUCUACAAACAGGAUACACAAAGUAUAUGUGUUUUCUAUGCAAAUGGGACUCACGAUAUAAAGGAAACCAAUAUCAGACAUAUUCGUGGCAGAACAGAGACAAACAUGUAUUGCAUGAGUUUAAUGUUGAAAACGAAGCUCUUGUGCCACGUGAGAGUAUAUUAUUACCCUAUCUUCAUGUCAAACUUGGAAUUGUAAAAAACUUCAUUAAAGCUGUUGUUGGCAACAAGAAAAAUAGACGUCAUGCUGCUUCAGUGUUGCAACUUUUGCGAGAAGACGUUUUCAAAAAGAAAAUCAGCGAAAGCAAAUUGCGUGGAGGCGUUGUCAAUGGUCCCGAUAUCAGAAAACUGAUAAAAGACGAGAGGUUUGACGCAAUUUUGAAACCAUCACAAAGAAGAGCCUGGUCGGCCGUAAAAAAGGUCAUCAAGGGAUAUUUAGGAAAGCAUAGAUCACCCGAGUAUGAUACAGAAAUAACUGAAAUGCUCGGUUAUUUCAGUAAAAUUGGCGUAAACAUGUCGCUUAAAAUACAUUUUCUGCAUCACCAUUUGGAGUACUUUGAAGAUCAAGCGCCAACAGAAUCGGACGAGCAAGGCGAAAGGUUCCAUCAAACGGCGAUUCCAUUUGAAAUCAGAUACAGAGGAAAACGGUCGCCGGAUGAUAUUAUGGCAGAAAUUUGCUUGUGGUGCAAAAACCUCUUUGAAGAAACUGAAGAACAGGGUGAACCGAUGGAAGUGGACGAUGGAAAUGCACAAGAAGACGCACGAGAAGCUGACCGAUUUGCUGAUUUUAUUGCUGAUUCAGACGAUGAUGAUUUCGAUGAAGAAGAAGAGGAAGGAGAAGGCGAAAGCGAAGGCGAUGGAGAGGAAGAAGAAGAAGAAGGACAAGAGCUAGAGGAAGAAGAAGAAGAAGAAGUAGAAGUAGGAGAAGAAGUAGAAGUAGAAGAAGAAGCAGCGGCAGCGGUUGCACCACCACCAAAAAAAAGAGCCAAAUAAAUUUAAGAUAAAUUUUAAAAAUAAUUUCUAAGUUACUAAUCAUUUUAUUUCUAACGAACACCAUUUUCAUUUAAAUAUGACCGAAUUUUAGUAUAAGCCCUUUUUUAUAUAGACAAAUUUAUUUGAAAGUAAUAAAAAUGAAUAAAAAUAACAUAAACACGAAAGA